UGCCAACUGCAUCCUAACUUACCACAUAAGUGCACUACACAGACAACACAAGAACCGCUUCUGUACCCUCUGUAGUGCCCUAUGUGUUUCAGCUGUUCGUUACCCGGCCACAAGUUUCCUCGCUGAGUAAACCGGCUGAAUUCCCCGUCUUCAGUUCGGCACUCAGAGGGAAGAGAGAACCCUCUUGUUCAGCUCGGCUGGUGUUUUCGGGAACACACGUGCGAUAUCUGUCACCCCGAUAAUCAGAUAUUAACACGUUUCGGUACUGAUUUGUUGAGCUCAACACGCCGCCCCAAUGGCUCAGCCUAAACCACUCUUCAUUCCCUGGUUGAAGCAGCAGAUUGAUAGUGGUCGAUACCCUGGCGUUCAGUGGGUUGACCCAGAACACACACGUUUCAGCAUUCCUUGGAAGCACGGUUUGAGACAAGACUCAAACAGUGAUGACAAACUUAUAUUCAAGGCAUGGGCACAAACAAGUGCCAGUUCCAACGGCCAGAUCCAAGGGGAUCAUUCAGUAUGGAAAAGAAACUUCCGCAGUGCACUCAGAGCCCGAGGUUUCAAGAUGGUGGAAGAUAACAAGAAUGAUACUGCUAACCCUCACAAAAUCUUCCUGUGGCCAGACGACCCACAGUCUGGGGCAUCUACCAAUGGUUCGCCAGUGUGUAACAGUCAGAUUUCUCUUGGUGAUACUCUGUACCUGGGAGAAGAUGAGCUGUUUCCAGAUAGAAGCCCACAGCCUGAUUUGUUGCAGCAGUGCCUUGCGGGUCUGAAUAUUGUUGAAUCUCACCCAGAGAUGCCUGUGGAUGAGCCAGUCUUCAUGAGGGAAUCAGUAGAACUUGCCAUGAACCCGGCUAUCAAUGAAACUCCACUAACCAUUCAGGAAACUUCAAACAUGCACCACUUUUCUCCAGCUGACAGAGCUGUGGCUGGCACAGGACAGAUUUCUCCUGCUGAUGGAACAUUGGCUCUGAGCCAAUAUUCUCCACUAGAGGGCGCCAUCAUAGUCACACAGCAGCACACUCCACAGGCUGAACUUGAGCUGGAAUUGCCUGUUCAGUCCACUUCUAAUGACUCAGGCUGUAACCAGUUUGAGACCCAUUUUAUGGUGAAAAUAUAUUACAGAGGGAAGGAGAUGUUAAAACAAGUGGUGGAGAAUGAGGCUGGUUUCCGUCUAGUGUUUAGGAAAGACACUAGACUGAUGGCAAACCCGCUUGCUGUUGUGGAGCUCCCCGGCACAGAGUCUAUGCUUGACCAGACCCAGGCCCAGUCAACCCAGGAAAUUUUGAAUAAUCUGGGUGGGUUGGAGGUGAGGCGGGAGGGCGGCAUGCUAUUUAGCUAUCGCUGGGGAGACACUCGUGUUUACUGGGGACUAGACAAACACGAGCAGAGGCCCACAGCCAGACCACUCUCCAAAAUCAACCCCGAGCCCAUCUAUUCCCUUAAAGACUUUGUGUCAGGCAUGAUGGACUUUAUUCAGAACGGUGGAAAGCCUCCUUCAUACUCACUCUAUUUCUUUCUGGGACAGCAGUGGCCUGACCCCAGAAACAAACCAUGGGAGAAGAAGUUGAUCAUGGUUGAGAAAACAUGUGCUUCAACAACCUGUUCAGAUUUGGCUCCUCUUUCUAUGUCACAAGUGGAGCUCUUUAUCAUCCCCUGAUCUGAGUAUCUCCACUAAUGGAUGAAGAACUGUCUUUGUGAAUAAAUAUUCAUGAGGAAAGUAUUACCUGAUUGGCCAGUGGAAAGGAGGGGGGGUGAGCAGUGGCUUAAUUAUCAUUUAAGGCAAUGAAAUCAGCCAUUUUGAACAGGGCUGUUUAGACAGGGUGAGAAGGGAGCUCUGGUGCUUUAUCAUUGUGGUAUUUUGAUAAAAGUACAGUGGUGCUUGCGAACCCUUUUCUAUAUUUCUGCAUAUAUUUUCACACA